AUGUCAAAGGCAGCAUCGACAGUAGCACAGGGCGCUGGCAGAUACAUCUACCCUGCAGAAACCUCCCGUCAUCUGGCAACCAUCUUGGGAUUUCCAUCCAAACACUCGAUCGCAUCAGCCUACUAUGACAAGGCAUGUACCGACAUAGCCAGUCUCGCCUCUGCAAUCUCAGCCUUCGAGCCAGUCCGGUUAUACUCGCGACCUGAAGAUAUCCCAAAAGCCCAGUCGAUGGUCAACCAAGCCAUCCCAAAGUAUGCCGGCAACACCUCGAAUAUCUCCUUCAUCCCGUUUCCCACAAAUCAUCUCUGGGUUCGGGAUACCGGGCCCGUAUAUGUGCACGGCACUGGAGAUGCCCGCUCACGCCGAUUCGCCAUCAACUUUCGGUUCCGUGAGUGGGGAAAAAGGGAUGAGAUGGAGAGCACUGAUCGUGCUGCCGAUGAGAUGGACUGGCCUAUCAUGAACGCUGAGCAACUGGACGAGAAUACGACCUUUGCCAGGAGAGUCAUAGAGUCUGAUACCUCUCCCGCUCCGGUGACACUCGUCGAGUCCAGAGUCUGUCUGGAAGGCGGUGCAUUAGUCGUGGACGGGGAGGGUACCCUCCUAGCCACAGAAAGCAGCAUCAUCAAUGACAACCGCAACGCAGGCCUUUCGCGGAGCGAGAUCGAAGCAGAGCUACAACGCUUGCUGGGGGUUGAGAAAAUCAUCUGGUUCCCUGGUCGGAAAGGCCUCGAUAUCACCGAUGUGCAUGCCGAUGCUGAGGUCAACUUCAUCCGGCCGGGUGUGGUUGUUCUUUCGAGGCCCCAUGCGAGUGUGCCUCGGCCGUGGCUCGACGUUUACGAGGAAAUCAGAGAGAUUCUGACUCAGACAGUGGACGCAAAGGGUCGUCCAUUUGAGAUCCAUACGGUGGAUGAGCCGGAACCGACUCUUUUCGGGAAUUUGUCCUAUGACGAACCGGCGACCAAUUACGUGAACUUUUACUUUGUCAAUGGUGGCUUGAUCUUACCUCAGUUUGGCGAUGAAGUGCGCGAUCAAGCGGCUGUGGAAACAUUUCAGAAGCUAUGUCCUGGCCGAGUGAUACGGCCUGUGUAUGUGCAUGCGCUUCCACUAGCUGGUGGAGUGAUUCACUGUGCGACUCAGCCUGUUAUCGCUGUGGAGGAGGACUACAGGAUGUAG